CGAGCGACCUUUUCGUACGAAUCGUCGGCGCACACCCACUAUCUUCAAGUCGACUAGGACACCUAUAUAUGAAGAAUUACGGUAAGUCUCUUCAAGGGCGCCAUAGAUCUGGGACCCGACUUGUACCCGACUAUCGAGAACAAGGGAAUGCCACGUGUUGCCCCUUCCAACUGCGACAGCGCCAGUGUCUGUGUCUUGCCUUCCCAACCCUCAUUGAGGUCUACUGGUACAGGAUUUUCUAGUCCACAUGGCCAUGAAUGUUCCCUUUGGCGGGUUCAACAUCCGGUGCUAUCAGUGUAAUGAGCGGGCGGUUCUUUUCAAGUGCUCUCGUUGCAAAGUCUCUAGAUACUGCUCCGUCGAAUGUCAGAAGACUGCCUGGCAGACGACUCACAGGUUCAUUUGCACUCCGCACGCUAUCACUGGUGGUAUGGACGCUAUCAAUGUUCAGGUUACAUCGGCCAAGUCUUUCUGGGAUCACUGGAGAUACUCUCUGGAGGUCUGGAUGUUCUUCGCCCUUGAUUACGGGAACAGUCCAGCGGACUAUCUGACUAGGCACUGCUUUGUACUCGACUUGGAGCGAAGAGACAUGGAAACUUCGAGAUUGAAGCUAUACGCCGUCAAAUCCGCGUCUUUUAUGGCGCACGCAGAUUUCGAGAGAAUAAUGCACCGCAUACUUCCCCUAGAUGAGGGUCUUCGCAAUUCAGUAGUCAACAGAGCCUUCGGUCCUUGGGUCACCCCACUGGAAACCGUCAUCCGCUACUGCAUCAUCUGUGAAGGCGUAUUCCUUGGAGGCAUGCAGGAAUUGCCCUUCCUGGAGAGUUACCUUCGAGAAAACGGGAAAAGGGUAGACUUGGGCGAGAUGAGGUCGACGACGAAGGGGAGAUUACUCUCGCGGAGGUUGCAAGAGGGAUAUGAGCGCGCGCUCAUGUCUCAAGUAGAUGGGGGAAACUUGGACGGAUAUCUGAUUCAUUACGAGGUAGAGAACCAGGCCGCGCUCAAAGUGAUAGACAUGAAUAGUGGGCCUGCUGAAUGAUAGAACCGCCUAAUGCUGUGAAUGUCUCUUGUCCUUUCUACUUAGAUAUUGUCAAUAGGCUCGUUGAA